AUCGACUACGUUCCCCUACAUUAUGCAGUCUCCUCUCCGCAACGCGACGCGGAGGUUGUGGACAAUCGACAAGUGUUAAAAUACUGAAUUUAUUAAACGAACUGCCGGAGGAAUAUGUUAAAUAGACAGUAAUCUGUCCAGCUGAAGAAACGCACUUUUGUAAUAUUCAAAAGCAGCAAUCCAUCAGUGCACUUUCCAGACCACUGACUGUUCGACAUGCUGUCCAGACUGAGGACAACCUGGUCACUGAGGCCCAGUGUUUCUAUUUGUAGAAGGGCACACACCAAAGAGAAGGGCAAGCCCCUCAUGCUCAACCCUCGCACCAACAAAGGCAUGGCCUUUUCUCUAGAGGAGCGACAGAUUUUGGGGAUACAUGGUCUGUUGCCUCCCAAAGUGGAGACUCAGAACCUUCAGACUUGGCGCUUUCAGAAUAAUCUCAAGAAGAUGACUGACCCUCUACAAAAGUACAUCUACCUGAUGGGCAUCCAGGAAAGGAAUGAGAGACUUUUCUAUAGGGUAUUGAUGGAAGGCAUAGAGGAACUGAUGCCAAUAGUCUACACUCCUACUGUAGGCCUGGCCUGCACACAGUAUGGAAACAUCUUUAGAAGGCCCAAAGGCCUGUUCAUCUCCAUCCUAGACAGAGGACAUGUCCGCUCCAUCCUGGACAACUGGCCCGAGACCAAUGUAUCAGCAGUAGUAGUAACUGAUGGAGAGCGUAUUUUAGGGUUAGGAGACCUUGGUGUUUAUGGAAUGGGUAUCCCUGUUGGCAAACUUUGCCUGUACACUGCCUGUGCUGGCAUUAGACCUGAGAAAUGUCUACCGGUGGUGAUCGAUGUUGGCACAGACAAUGAGACCCUCCUUAAGGAUCCGCUGUACAUGGGCCUGUACCAGAAGCGAGACCGCUCUCAAGCCUAUGAUGAUCUGAUUGAUGAAUUCAUGGAAGCUGUAGUGGACAAAUAUGGGCACGGCACACUAAUCCAAUUUGAGGACUUUGGGAACCACAAUGCCUUCCGCUUCCUUAGGAAGUACAGGGAGAAAUACUGCACCUUCAAUGACGAUAUCCAAGGCACUGCGGCUGUAGCCCUUGCUGGUCUGUUAGCAGCUCGGAGAGCUGUUGGUAUACCCAUCACUGAGCAGCGGGUACUUUUCUUAGGAGCUGGAGAGGCUGCCCUUGGUAUUGCCAAUCUGAUUGUCAUGGCCAUGAUGGAGACAGGGCUGGCUCAGGCUGAGGCCAGGAAAAAGAUCUGGAUGUAUGAUAAAGAUGGCUUACUAGUAAAGGGCAGACCACAAGAAUCGGACAUUGAUCAGAAGCCAUUUGUUCAUGACAGUCCAGGGAAUAUAGAGAGCUUCUUAGAUGCUGUCAACACCAUUAAACCCACAGCUAUCAUUGGUGUGGCAGGAGCUGGGCAUCUGUUCACCCAUGAUGUCAUCAAGGCCAUGGGAACUCUGAAUGAACGACCAAUCAUCUUUGCUCUGAGUAACCCAACCAAUAAAGCAGAGUGCACAGCAGAGGAAGCCUACACACUCACUGAUGGUAGGUGUCUUUUUGCCAGUGGCAGUCCAUUUAGUCCAGUGACUCUGAGCGAUGGCCGUGUCUUCACUCCUGGACAAGGGAACAAUAGUUACAUCUUCCCAGGUGUGGCCCUGGCUGUGAUCCUGAGUGGAGUGAGACACAUCAGUGACACAGUAUUCUUAGAGGCUGCUAAGACCCUUGCAGAGCAGGUGACAGAUAAAGAACUCAAAGAAGGGCGACUCUAUCCUCCCCUUUCCAACAUCAGAGAGGUCUCUCUCCAGAUGGCUGUUAAAGUGGUGGAGUAUGUCUAUGCUAAGGGCAUGGCAUUCCACUACCCUGAACCUAUGGACAAGAAUGGCUUUGUACGUGCAACUGUCUGGAACACCGACUACGACUCCUUCCUGCCGGACACCUAUGACUGGCCAGGUGUCAGCUUCAGUCCCAAGACUAGUUAGAAGUAAAACAGACCCUCACUGUGCCCCAUGUCAUAAUGUCACUCUCUUCUUUUGCUCUCCACUUUAUUCUUAAUGGCAGAUCUUUUGACGUGACUGUAGUUAUCUUAGUGCAGACUUUCUAAUGUAAAAAGGCUGUACAGGUUCCUUACUGCUGCCAUGUCACUGCAUUUGCACUACACCAUUCUUGCUAUAUUUGUUAAAAAGUAGAGUGGAAAGUGGCACUUGAAGGAGAAGGGCAUUGAGUGGAAAUGGUCCCCAGUGUCCCAUGUAAAUGUAGACAGCACCAGGAGGGCCAUCUAGUGGUGGAUAGAGGCAAUGUGGAAAUGUGGUUUCUUUAAGACCUUCUUUGUUUUGAGAACAAAAUUUAUAUUUAGGAAAUUAUAUUGAAACGUGUUGUGUAUUAUGCUCAGUAGCAAUAGUUGUGCCACUGCAGCAGGUUAAAGUACAGAAUAGUAGACAUAACUCUAGAUUUUGUGCUGUCAUGCAGGAAAUAUAACAUGCAAUAUUGUCAUUUUCACCCAUUUUAAAGGGUAAAUUUGCACUCCAUAUUUAAAGUAAUGGUUCUGUUUUAUUUUUGUUGUUUUGUACACCACCAAUGCUUGAUUGUAAGUUUGAUCAAAACUGAACACUCCAUUCACUGCUACUACUAGCUGUCAGACUUAAAGCACAGAUUUUAAAAUGGAGUACAGAGUUCUACACUGCCUUUUUCCACACCAGAUGUGUUUAAAAUGUAUGCUUGAAGCCUUAAAGGAUUAAAAUGUUGAGCCUUUCUUUGCAAACCAAGACAGAAAUAGAGGGACCAGUGUAAGUCGGGAGGGAUGGAGUGAGUACUUAAUGAGACAUCAGAACAAAAAGAAGGGAAACUAAAUAAAAUUUAUUUCUAAAAAACUCCUUCACCUAGACGGCACUCAUGAAACCAACAUUCACUUUUAAAUGCUCUAAUUGCAUUGUAUUUAUUUGAAGUUAUUUUAUUUUAAUUUUGGGGGGUAUAUUUAGAUCCAUCCAUCCAUUUUCUUCCGCCUGUCUGAGAUCUGGUCAUGGUGGCAACAGGUAGCCCAGACAUCCCUCUCCCCGGCAAUGCUUUUCAGCUCCUCUGGUGGGAUUCCAAGGCAUUCCCAGGCCAGAUGAGAUAUAUAAUUUCUCCAGCAUGUUCUGGGUCGAUUCCAAGGUCUCCUAUCAGUUGGACAUGCCCGGAAAACCUCCAAAAGGAGGCACACUGGAGGCAUCCUGAUAAGCUGAACCAAGUCAACUGGCUCCUCUCAAUGUGAAGGAGCAGUGGUUCUACU